CUUGGAAAUAUAAAGACGAAAUAAAAAAGGUGCUCGCCUAAUGUAAUGAUAUGGUGGUAUGUGGAUAAACCGCGGAUGUUUCGUAUGGCGUAUAGCGUGAUAAAAUGGAUAGGUACCUAACCUACUCAAAAAUGCUUGGUAAUUUGAUGAAACAACCUAUCAACUUGAUACUGCCGCUUCCUUAUUAAAGCUUACAUAUCCGUUCGGUUUACCAAGGGGAGCAAUUACCAAUAUGGAAAUAACCAGCCUCCUAACCUGGAUAGAUCGAUCGAUCUUACGUGUUUAAUGCAAGAAAGAGAUACCUAGGUAAAGCUGGCCGGGAAGGUAAAAGUAAGCGGGGCAUUGGACACACUAAGAAAGUAGGGGGGGUACAUAUUGUACCAUAUAGUACAUGAGAGAUAGCGUGUUUCUGGACAUUUCUCCUUCCCUCCAGCAUCUUUUUCAUCCCACUUGGAUCAUACAUAAGUUUUUUUUUUCAUGCUAUGCUCAAUCCAUAAGCUCCAUAAGUUGUUCCCCAUUCAUCAUUCGUCAUUCCCACUUGCCGGUUUUGAAAGGGGGUUAUAGCGUUGCUUUUCCGUUACGUUGGAAAAAAUAAAUAGACCACGAUGCGCCCGCAUAUUGUCACUUCAGCCGUCUUUUCCCUCUCUAGACUUACCAGCACCUCGGCCACCUCUCGGACAACCAAAGCUCUCCUAACUUCCAACUUACCCCUUAAAGCCCUCUCUGCAGCGACCUGUCCCACCCAGAGACUAUUCUCCUCUACCGCUUCCCAGUGUACCUCUAAACCCUCGACGACACCCUCCGCCCCCUACAGCACAAGCACAAGCACAAUGGCUUCUUCCCUUCUCGAAAGCGUCAAGGCCCGCCGCACGUACUACGUGCUUAACAAGGAGCUCCCCAUCUCUACGGACCGUGUCCAAGAGAUCGUCAAGGAGACCCUCCUCCACGUCCCCUCAUCCUUCAACUCCCAGUCCAACCGUAUCCUAGUCCUCUUCGGCGCUGAGCACGACAAGCUCUGGGAUAUCGCCAGUGGCAUUCUAAAGACUAUCGUCCCUGCAGAUGCCUGGGAGCACACCGCCCAACGUAUGAACGGCUUCAAGGCUGGCGCCGGAACCGUCCUGUUCUUCGACGACCAGAACGUCGUCAAUGGCAUGCAAGAAAAGUUCGCUCUGUACGCCGACAAGUUCCCCAUCUGGGCCCAGCAGUCAAACGCUAUGGCCCAGUACGUCGUCUGGACCGCCCUUACGGCCGAGGGUGUCGGCGCCAACCUCCAACACUACAACCCUCUCAUCGACGUGAAGGUCGCCAGCGAAUGGGGUAUCCCCGAGAGCUGGAAGCUUAACGCCCAGCUCGUCUUCGGCGGCCGUAGUGGCGAGGCCGGUCCCAAGGACUUCCAGCCCAUUGAGGAGCGCUACAAGGCCUUCGGUGCUUAAGUGCACACAAUACGCCAAACAGCGAUUAUCACCUCCACUAUUGCUGCUGUCCUGACUCCAACCCAACACUACCAUGGUUGGGUCAGAGAAACAACCUAAGUCUCCAAAUCUAAUCGGUGUCGCGUUACGUCUAUGUCGAGUGCGUAAGGGAACCUCAAUCAUCAGUCAUCAAUCAUCAUCUUGGAAAGAAAGGACAGGAACUGGAUUCAUUUUUAGAAUGCUGGCUUUGCUGCUUUUAGAUAGACGGGCGAGGGGAGAACCUCCCUUUUCGUCGCGAAAGAGUUCCUUAGACUUUACUUACUACCUACCUACCCCCUUAGCCUAGGAAGCGUUCAACACCACCUAUUAGAACUAUAUAACUAAAUAAAUUAGUGAAAUUGACCAGCAACGAGAAGUUGUG